UUCUGUAGCUUCCGGCCCUUCUCAAAGUUCAAGAGGAGGAGGAUUGCCUACUACGAUGACUGUUGCGGAGUUAGUUAGGCAACCUGGCCGAGAAUCGCUUCAGCGCCUUGAUCCAAAUUAUCUUAUUGUCCCAAACACCACUUGGUUUGAUUUGUCUGGCAAUGGUAUCACCAACAGCCUUCUUAGGAUGGAGUACACGAUGCUAAAGCGUGGUUAUCCAACUUUCUAUGACAUGCCUGAAGAAGAUCAAGAACUUUGGUUUCGGCAAUUUGCGGUAUACGUUGUCAAUUUUUAAUAUUAUACAAUUGUAACUUUCUAAAAAAAAAUUUGUAUUUAUUUUGCAGCAAGAGUUCACUUGGGAAUCAGGGAUUACAGAACAAGUUAAAAUUGUUUUCCGCCGCAAAGCAGCUUCGCACUACACCAAGCGGAUCAAUGAGUGGAAGCAAAAAUUCGAUGUUGGCGAGGUCCCGAAGCACAUCAACCCAGACGUUUGGCGGGAUUUGUUUGCUCAUUGGACGAAAGAUGAGACAAAGUCUUUGUCGACAAUUAACUCGCAAAAUCGGUGUAGCGGGCGUGGCGGGAAAGGGAUGUUUGUCCACAACUUAGGGGCAACAAGUUUACAGACCCGAGCACUUCAGCUAAUGAAGGAAAACGGUGGAGUUCCCGUAGAUGAUUUUACCCUGAUGAAGAACGCCUAUACCAACAAGAAGACUGGGGAGAUUCAGGAUGGACUUAUUAAGGGCGUAAUCCAGGUCGUGGAAAAUCGAAAAGUGGAUCUCCUCGCGACUCAAGCUUCUAUGUGUGAAGAAGGCGAUUCUGCAUCUUCCAACUCCUUAACCGUAGAGCAACUCAACAACCUUGUUCUCGAGGCUGUUCCAAAGAAAAAGGGCCGUUAUGUUGGAUUGGCUCGUUCGACCGGAGGGGCUUCUUCUUCUUCAGCUCACUAUCGACUCGUUGAUGAGCUUAUGGAGCAGAUUAAGAUCAAGGAUACGGAGAUUGAGUUCCUGAAGCAGGACAAUGCUGAAAUCCGAGUUGAGCUGCAGCAAAACCGAACGACUAUGGAGGAAAACAAUGUUCUCACCCAGACCUUGUUGCAGAAGUUUAGGACCCGAUUCGGUGAAGACUUUUAGUUGUUUUUUAAUUUUCAAAAACUUUUUUAUUACUUUUUAUAACUUUAAUGUAUAAUAAUGUUGAAUUUAUAUAUCUAUAAUGUUUUUAAAUUCUAAAUUAUCAAUUUUUUCCUGAAAUUAAAUUAAGAAUUAUAAAAAUUGUUUUUUUAAUUAAAAAAGGAAUACCGACGGAUAGAGUUAUCCGUCGGAAUUUCUACAUUUUUACGACGAAUAAAAUCCAUCGGUAUUUUCAUGAUAUUCUGACGGAAUAAAGUCGUCGGUUUUAUUUUCAGUUACCGACGGAUUUUUUUCGUCGGUAUUUUCUGAAUAUUCCGAUGAACACCCUUUGUCGGUAUUUUCUGAAAUUCCGACGAAUUCUCUUCGUCGGUAUUCUCUAUAAAUACCGACGGAUAUGCAUCGUCGGAAAUUUUAGAUAAAAACCGACGGAAUACGUUCGUCGGUAUUUGCCGACGAAAUAUGUUCGUCGGUAUUUACCGACAAAUUUCCGACGAAUAUCAGUAUACCGACGAGAUGAUACCGACGGACAUUUUUCGUCGGUAUUCCAUCGGUAUGCGGCUUUUCCGACGAGAUUAUGACGGAUUUGUCCAUCGGUAUCGCCCAGUUUUCUUGUAGUGUAAGGAGAAACAAAACAAAACUCUUAAGAGAAUUAUGUUCAAAAUCUUAUUAUAAAUGAAAAACAAUUAAAAACAUUUGCUAACUACUAGCACGCAUUUUAUUUGUAACAUGUGCACACUGUAAUACACAAACUAGGCUGCAUCGUCACACAACAUUUGAUAGAACUUCUGGCGAAUGCGUGGGAAAACUCAAAACCAUCGCAUGUAGCCUUUUUGAAUAAUUGGAAUUUGGACUAGUGUAGAUAUUCUUUAUUAAUAGACCAAGUGAUCAAUCAUUUGUCAGACAUACUGCAAGAUUCCAUGAUAUUUUCAAUUAUGCAUACUAGUAUAAGAUGCAACGUGGUGGGAUUGCAAGGAUUCUUUAGGACUAUUACAACAAUUUGUGGCAGUUUCCAAAUAAUCUACAGCUGAGUUUGAGGCAUUUUCUGUCUUUUACAGAAACUGAGUUGUUGGGGGUUAGAGCACCCCCAUUAGUGAACUUAGGGGGGGUUCACACACAUUCCAAAAAAAAAAAAAAAAUUAAAAUAAGGAAUAGUGAUGAACCUGUCUCUCUCCACCC